AUGUCUAGGCCCACGCCCCCCGAAAAGGCUACUGAUAACUCUAAGGCAGUCCCUACGUCGCCUAAAGACCCAGUAGAAACUUCAGAGACCGAGACUGGUCUUCUGCCGCCACAGCACUGGGCCCAGUUGACUGAGGAUGUUGACGAACAAGAUGAUGCUGACUCUAUCAUCCCCGACAAUGCCAGCUCAACGGCGUCUCUGACAUCUAGCAUACUGAAGUACAGAACACUGCACGGCAGACUCUACCAGAGUGAGCGGGGGAACACUGACUACUGGGGACCCAUCGAUGAGACUCAUCGGGAAGCUAUGGAUAUCAACCAUCAUGUGCUUACCCUCUUGAUGGGAAACAAGCUCUAUUUGGCACCAAUUUCGAAUGACAUACAGGCGGCUGCAGAUAUCGGAACAGGGACAGGAAUCUGGGCUAUUGAAUUUGCGGACCAAUUCCCCAAUGCUUCAGUAAUCGGAACCGACCUCGCUCCUAUCCAGCCAAGCUGGGUUCCUCCAAACCUCGAGUUUCAAAUUGAUGAUUGUACCCAAGAAUGGACUAUCGCGCCCAACUCACUUGACUAUGCGCACCUGCGCUGGCUUGUCGGAAGCGUUGCAGACUGGACAGCCCUGUUCAAAGAAGCCUACAAGAGCCUCAAGCCUGGGGGUUGGAUCGAAAGUUACGAGCCUUCCUCAACUAUCGAGAGCGAUGAUAAUACAGUCUUGCCUGGAAGUGCGAUGAGCCAGUGGCAGAAUUUCUUUGUCGAGGGUGGACGCAGAAUGGGUCGUACUUUUAAAGUGUUUCAAGACGGUAUUCAGAAGAAGGCUAUGCAGGAAGCCGGAUUUGUUGACAUCGAGGAGAGAAACUUCAAGAACCCAAUUGGAGGUUGGCCCAAGGACCCGGAAGCACGAAGCAUUGGACAGUAUACACAAGCUGCGUUGGAGCAAGACGGCAAAGGGACAGUUUUGCACAUGGCGACUGCGCUGGGAUGGUCGGAAGACGAAGUCACUGUGUUCAUCUCUCAUUUCAAUCGGGAGAUUCGAUCACCAAAGAUCCAUGCAUACUUCAAACAGAAGGCGGUAUGGGGACGCAAGCCUGAUACAGUAUGA